AAUUGAAGCGUUUAAGACAAAAAUUUUAGCAUGGACACCAGAAACGCAAUAUGCUUCGCUAAUACAUAUCAUUAUUAUUAAUGAAAUAUUUGCUCUACGUAUAUUUGAAUCAAAAAAACAAUUACGGUAUGGUUGGAGUAUAAUAUACGCUGGCACAUGCAUUAUUUUAUAUAUUAUAUUUUUAAAUACAAUAAUAAAUAUAAAUUACAAAAUAUGGUUUGCAUACAACGAAAUCAGUUAUAAACUAGCUUCAUACAUUAACAUUACAUGCGUUAUGAUUUUUAUAAUUCUUGGAAUGUUGAAUACAGAAGUUCUGAAACUUUCACGCGAACUUAACCAAGCAUAUACAUAUCAAAUUGUAUUAGAUUUAAUAAUGCAAUUUUCAUCACUAUUGAGUGUGCUUUAUAAUGGAUAUUUUUAUUUAAUAUCCUUAAAAUUAUCAGAAGUGUUGUCAAAUAAAGGACUUAUAGGAUUCUUCGUAUGGAUUUUUUUAUUUUUUAUAAAAAUUGUUUUAUUAAAUAAUCAUUGUACUAAAUUCUAUCGUGAGAUAGAAUUAACAACACAUUUACUUCAAGAACUGGAUAUUUGCUACUUGGAUAAUUCCAUUAAAAAUGAAAUACAACAAUUUUUAUUACAACUUCUACUUCAUCCUUUCAAAUUUACUGCUGGUGGUUACAUUCUUAGCAACAAAUUAUCAACAGAAUUUUUUGGUACUUUGAUAACUUAUUUGGUUGUAUUUAUACAAAUAAGUAUAUCGACAAAUAUGAAAUAA